AUGUCUAUUCCAGUGAAUUCUUUAUAUUCGCUUACUUGGGGCGAUUAUGGAACUUCUUUAGUGUCAGCAGUACAAUUGUUGAGGUGUCAUGGUGAUUUAGUUGAUGUUACAUUGGCUGCUGAAGGUCGAUCUUUUGAGGCUCAUAAAAUUGUAUUAUGUGCUGCAAGCCCGUACUUGUUAAAUCUACUAAAAAAUACAUCAUGUAAGCAUCCAAUUGUUAUGUUAGCCGGUGUUUCGGCUAACGAUUUGGAAGCUCUUUUAGAAUUCGUCUAUCGUGGGGAAGUUAGUGUAGAUCAUUCUCAAUUACCGUCAUUGUUGCAAGCUGCACAAUGUCUUAAUAUUCAAGGACUUGCACCACAAACGGUUACACACAAGGAUGAUAACACUGCCUAUACGUCUAUUCAAAUUCAUCCCGGACUCGUUCAUCAGGAUGUCAAGACUCAUAUCUUGGAAGUCGGUGGAAACAUUGGAGAACAAGAGUUAAUAAUGCAGCAGGCCCCUCAAUCCGUUCAAACUCAUCAUCAAGUCGUCGAAGAAAUUCUUCCAGAACAAAUGAGCGAUGAGGUCACAAAGGAAGUUAUUAAUCAAUUCUUACCACAACGCAAACGCAAGCCAAGAACUCCAAAGACCCCCGGAAAGCCCUCAAAAGUUAUUAAAAUGGAACCACAAACGUCUGGUUCGGAAAAUCUUACAACUGUCACAUCGGGAUCUAUAGAUCAAGGAACUGAAAUGAUUGUCGAAGAACAGGAACAAGUCGGCGAACUCGUUGAACAGGUCUCAAUUGAGGAACAAUCAAUAGACCAAAACACCUCGAAUGUAUCCGUAAAAACUGAAGGAGGAAUGCCAAAAACACCGAAGGACAAGUCCAACAAACCAAAAUCGAAAUCACAAUCUGAACAGCCCGCAACAUGCCCAAUUUGCUCUGCCACAAUAAGACAAUCACGCAACUUACGACGACAUUUGGAAUUGAGACAUUUUAAGAAACGUACACCGAAAAAAUUGAAGAAGGGUAUGGCAGCUGAUCCAAAUGCUGGAAAUACAUCGACAGAACAGAUCAUUCAAGAAGGCGGAAACAAUACAAUCACAGUAACAAUGGAACCAGGUUCGGAUCAACAAACAAUUACAGUCAAUGGCCAACAAACAGGACAGCAACAUGUUUUGACAACAAAUUCUGAUGGAUCGCUAUCAAUUUCUGGACUUCAAGGACACAUCAUCGGAAGUUUGGGAAACGCGACAAUUAUUAGAACUGACGAUGGACAACAAAUUGAAUCUGGGCAGUUGAUUACAACACAUGAGCCAUCAUUAAGAACAUCGACAGGUGAAGUCUAUCGCGUUGGAACUACCGUAUAUCACAUAGAAGAGCGUCGUAGUGACCAACCUCGAAUGAAUUAA